CUGGCUGGCACUAAGCUGUGUGUUCUGAUCCGGCCCCUCUGAUGGGGUUUCAUGCUUGUAGGCAGUGUUGAGGAUUUUGAAAGCAACACAGGUUUCCAAGCCACAUCUUGGCUUGUUGAAAAUAUACCUAGAUAAAUAUAUUGACCAUAUAUUCACCUCCCAAAAUAAAAUUGAGGACAACUGAUCUCAGCCUCUAUGACAGCUAAUGGAUCCUGAACAAGAUCGGUCACUCAAACCCAAAAAGGGGAUCUUUUUUUCUUUUUUUUUUCUUUUUCUUUUCUGACAUAUUCAAUUUUUUUAAAAGUAAAGGAUAGCGGACUCAAGCAGUCAAAGGACGCCUGGCAGAGAUGAGAGUGAUACUGGUGUGUUGCCUACUUUCCUUGCUUUCUCUAUCGCGUGCCUGUCCAAAAGAGUGCAGCUGCAACACAAACACCAAAGCUGUGGACUGCCGGGGUCGUGGCCUUUAUGACAUUCCCCGACGAUUACAUCCAGAAACACAAGAAUUAUAUCUCCAAGACAAUCGCAUCAGAGGCAUCGGAUCAAUGGCUUUUCGAGAGAUACCCCUUGUUCGCGUUGUCGAUUUAUCAAAUAAUUCCAUUACAUCUGUUUCCCCAACUGCUCUACUGGGGCUCAGAACUUUGCAGCAUCUCAGUCUUGCCUACAACAGCUUGAGAGAGCUUGAUAAGAGGUUGUUUGGACCCAUACACUCACUUUCACACCUUGACCUUUCACACAACAGCCUGUGGGGUUUGUCUGGAGCCAUAGGAGAACAUCUGAGGAACCUGAGCCACCUAGGGCUCGCCCACAACAGGCUAACACGAUUAGACCGAUCCCUGCUGGAGGCUAUGGGCCGCCUGGAUAGUCUCACACUCAGAGGCAACCCAUGGAGGUGUGACUGUCACCUUAUAGGCCUCAAACUGUGGCUGGAGACCUAUCUCUUCAAAGGUGGUGUGGUGGAUGAGGUGCAUUGCAGCCAGCCAGUAGAGAUGAGGGACAGAGACCUGCAGAAGGUCCCUUACCAGCUCUUCCACGCUUGCAUGACCACGAGCUACCAUUACUUGUUUGCCAACAUACAUCAUCUGGAAUCAGAGAGGCUGCUGCGAGGUCACAUCCACGGCAACCACGCUCAUCCUUCAAGCCACGCGCUCCAUGUCCCGAUGGCAAUGGGAGAGGGAUUCGGUGGCGGAGGAGCUAAUAUACCAGAGUGUGAGACUAAGCAAAGGCAGCGACCGGUCAACUUACGCCAUGCAAUUGCCACAGUGAUCAUCACUGGUGUAGUGUGUGGGAUUGUAUGUCUGAUGAUGCUGGCUGCAGCAGUAUACGGUUGCGCCUAUGCUGCCAUCAUGGCCAAAUAUCAGCGGGAGCUGAAGAAAAAUGAGGAAUUGGCUGCGGCUCGUGCAGCCGAUCGUGCCAGGCUAGAGGAGAAGGAACCACUGGAGAAUGCCAUUGCCUAGGAGAUGACAACACAAACCCUGAACUUUAAACUUGGGUCUUAACCCUUUAACCUAAUCAUCUCUGGAUGGCGUGUUUGUGUGUAUGUGCUGUGAAGAAAAAAAAAUGAAGAGUGUGAAACUUGUGUAAGUUGACAUCUUCCGAAACUUGGGUAGCUAAUUAAAUUCCACAGGUAUUUGACUAUGCACUGCAAAGAACUGUAACUCUAUGCGAAUGCACGGGAGCAGGCCAAAGUAUUCCAUUUUAUCUGAGAAACGCAUAUCACAGAUACAACUAUACUCUCAUAUCUAAUACUAAUUGUAGGUCUUAGCUCUGGUAUUUGAAAUAUUAUUUAAGAAUGUGGUUGUUUUUCAGCUGUUGUUUGUAGUUAUGUUGUCUAAUAUCAGAUUUAUUUUUUAAUUCAUAGUAGGCAGCUGGUGUCAGUAACGUUUUGAUUUCAUUGUGACGAGAAAAUAUGAACGACUGAGUUGUUGUGUGUUAGUGUGAAUGCAAAUAUGAAAUUGUUUGUGCCUGAUAAUGUGAUAUAGUUUUGCAGAGAAAAUAUGUUUUAUUAUGGACAUUUUUUCUGACAUCCCUCGAAGGGAAAAUGGGAACUUCUUUGAGCAAUAACAAAUUUACGGGUACACAUAGAUUAUUGACCAUUGAUGUACUGCUGCACAAAAUCACAAACACAUGCAUACUUUUACUGAACAGUCAGUUGCGUUAUUCUUUGUGAGUCAUACCAAUCAUGUAUGCAUCUCUUGCAGUAUGUACUGUAUGAUACAAAUAAAUUGAAACAUUGGAACUGACAACAUUAAUUAUAUUGACUCGACGUGUGAGGAGGCUGCCAUUCUCAAAUGGAAAAACUAUUGUACAAAUACAAAGGAACCAAAGCAUCAAUGCUGCAUUUGCAAAGCAAUGCAAAAAAGGUCGGAAAGGAACAUUUAAAAGAAUAACAAUAUCUCUCUUGGCAGAAGCCAGAAGAGGAUAUCAGCCUCUGUCCUAAACUCAUGGAUGGAAAAAAAUGAAAUCAAUAAAACUUUACUACAGAAGGAAAUGAAUUUAAGCACUCCAAUUUACUUGUUUCCAUAUACUGUAUUUGAGAACUUAGAAUCUACACAUUCUUUUGAUUGAUUAAAAUUUGGAUCAUUCUACGAAAUGUAAUUUUGUAAUACAGUGGACCCCAGCAUGUACACGGUUUGGGACCGCAGAUCCAUCCAUUGGGGGGUGUGGAUGCGUGUGUGUAGUAAUAUUUUUUUCCCCCAAAUAAUAUUUUCAAUUGCUUUGAAUUAUUCACAGUUAUUUUCUAUUCCCGGUCCCUAUCGCCGCAAAUAGCCGAUGUCCACUGUCAAUUAAUUUCUAAAGGUGCUCUUUCUUAAAUGUUGAUAGUUUUAUUGAUUACAUAAAUCCUCCCUUCCCCAAAUAAAUAAAUAAAUAAAUAAAUAUAUCAGAAUUUAAGAAGGAGAGUGUUUUUAUGGUAUUAAAAUAUUGUUAAAGGGAACCUUAACAACUUAAACACUUGUAGGCUCUAAUAAGCCACAAAUGUUCUCUUUUACUAAAAUAUGUUAUUAGAAACACAAAAAAUAUUGCCAUUGAUUUAAAAAACUGUAAUAAUUAGUACAUGUUUUGACCCAAGGAGGACGCCAUGUUUUAUGGACACUUGGGGUGUUGACAGAUUGUCACUGUCACUCAACGAAUACUACCAGGUUACUGCAAUUCCUUCUUCGUGGCGAGAUGUCCAACACAUGCGCUCAUCGGCUAAAAAGUGGCGAGUACUUACUAUUUGUGUUUUUAUUGAGUCUUUUAUUACCUUUGCAUUGCCUAAAAAUACUUUUUGUAUGUGUUUCCCUCUCAUACUUUUAAGCAUAGUGUUUUCUUGUGGUAGUUUUAAAGCCGAUUGUUGAGCUGUUGACCACAUUAGUAAUGUAGCAUAUUUAAACCACCCUUAUUUGGUAUUACUAUGUUUACGUAUUUUCUUAAGGCAUAUUAAGUAUAUUCUGUCUGUAUGCAUCUAAA